GACAAUGUUGUAUCCAAUCAAUGCAUAAUUUUGUCUAUCAAAAUUCAAUAUUAUUUUUAUUGUUUACUUUAGGUAAUGAAGGCACCAUAGAGAAAUAUUGGUAUUGUAUGGGUAUUUUAUUAUUAAUUCCAUAUAAUUGGAAAUGGUGUUUACUCAACGAUGAUUUCAUACUAGAUGGAUUUUAUAAAAUGUGUCAAGCUGUAAAAAAUGAUGAAAAUCAAAUAAAACUAAAACAAGCAUGUAUUGAAUUAGUUAAUUAUAUUUUAUAUCGUUUGAACAGACGAAGAUAUGAAUAUCUUGAAAAUUUUGAUUCAAGAGAAUUGCUUAAUUCCCUAUUAUUGCUAUAUAAUUUAAAACUCGAUGAUAAUCAAUCUGUUUUAAAUGCUCUUAUUUCAACAAUUAAAAAUCAUUCAUUUACUCAAGGUCUAUUUUGGUACGAGAGUAUGCACAAUAUAAUAUACAACGUUGGCAAUGUAAUUGGUUGGCAUCAAAUUGGAAUUUAUAUCUAUGAUGCAUUUAAAAUAUCUUUAGAAGAAAACACUAUUGCACAAUCUGUGAAAUUUUUAAUCUCUUUUAUUUCAAGUAUGUUAAUCGUUUUAAUUUACUUAGGAACAUAG